CUCUCCUCAAUAUGAAUGUAACAGUAAGUUGCAUCCGCUCUGCAGUCCCGUUUAAAGUCCUCUCUUUGUCGGACUAAUGAAACGACCUGAGCCUCGGGGAUUCACGAUUAAGCCGUUUUCUUGUGGAACCACAUCAAUACAUCAAACCCACCACAAACCGGCUACCACGCCUCACAGAUCGAGUUUGGACUCGAUAAUCAACUGCGUCUCAGGGUGUCAGAGAUGGAGAACGAUGUGGAGGUGAUGUGGGAGAAGGUGGAGUGCAAACGUUACGAGCUGUGUCGCAACAUCACCCCUUCGAAACUUACCCCGUACCUUCGCCAGUGCAAAGUCUUGGACGUACAGGACGAGGAUGAAAUCCUAACAUCCAUGGUGCUCGUCUCCAAAGCAAACCGCACAAGCCGCCUACUCGACAUCCUCCGAACUAAAGGGGAACGUGGGUAUGUGGCGUUUCUGGAGAGUCUGGAGUUUUACUACCCAGACCAGUACAAGCUGGUCACCGGAAAGGAGCCCACACGACGCUUCUCCACCAUCGUGGUGGAGGAGGGUCAUGAGGGCCUGACACAGUUCCUCAUGAAUGAGGUGAUGAAGCUGCAGCAACAGUCAAAAGUCAAGACUCUGCAGCAGGUCGAGCUAAGCAAGAAGAACUGCACUCUGGAGGACGAGCAGAAGAAGCUGCGGCUGGCCAAUCAGGAGCUUCAGGCCUUCCAACAGAGGUACAAUAAGUUGAGAGAGGAAAGAAACACCUACAGUGACGAGCUGCUGAGAGUUAAAGAUGAAAACUACAAACUGGCCAUGAGGUAUGCCACGCUGAGCGAGGAGAAAAACAUGGCCGUGAUGAGGAGCCGAGACCUGCAGCUGGAGAUCGAUCAACUGAAGCACAGACUGAACAAGGUGGAGGAGGAGUGCAAGAUGGAGAGGAGGCAGAGUCUUAAGCUGAAGAACGACAUCGAGAACCGGCCGAGGAGAGAGCAGAUCUUUGAGCUGGAGAGAGAGAAUGAAAUGCUCAAGAUCAAACUACAGGAGCUUCAGUCCAUCAUACAACCUGGCCCCCUACCUGAAUCAGACAAGGCCAUCCUCGACAUUUUGGAGCACGACAGGCAGGAAGCACUGGAUGACCGACAGGAUCUUGUCAACCGCCUGUACAACCUCCACGAAGAAGUCCGACAGGCAGAGGAACUACGAGACAAAUACCUGGAGGAGAAGGAGGACUUAGAGCUGAAGAGCUCCACUCUGCAGAAGGACUGUGAGAUGUACCGCAAUCGCAUGGACACUAUCAGCAUACAGCUGGAUGAGGUGGAGAAGGAGCGGGAUCAGGCGUUUCGAGCUCGAGACGAGGCCCAGCACCAGUUUUCCCAGAGUCUUCUUGACAAAGAUAAAUAUCGCAAGCAGAUCCGAGAGCUGGAGGAGAAGAGCGAUGAACUUCAUAUAGAGAUUGUUCGCAAAGAAGCCAAGCUGGUCACUUUGGAGUGUCGCAUGCGACGGCUAUCCAAGGACAUUUGUUUGGACCAAGUUGGGAGUCUGCCGAGAGACUUGCCUCCGACUAUUAUCUCUCAGGGGGAGGAGUUAAAACCCAUCCCUAGCCAAUCAGAAUGGUCCAGUGAUGAGUCACCCGAGUUCUUCACUGACGAGCCUCGUCUCAAACGCAGACCCAACCUCAAAGCAGGGAUGAGGGUCAAGUCUCCAGUCUGCGUACCCAAAGACCUUCAAACCGAGUCAGAAGGAGGUCAGCCUGCAGCUCUGUCAGUCAACGGAGGAGAUUGUUUGGAGAUCCAGACACCAAACUCAAACGUCAAAAGCUACUCUCUCCCCGCUUCUCCCAGCUUUCUGAUGUCCCCCACAUACCCACUCUCCUCUGCUCCCAUCCUUUCUUCCUCAUUUUCCUCAACUCUCCCCUCUAUUCCCCUCCCGAUAGUGGAACCGUCCAACAGGCCAAAUAUGUUGCGUUACCGGAACGAUAGCAUUUUGUCUAUACUUCCUGAGCCGCCGGAUAAGUCAUCACUUUACCGCCGAGAGAGGGAGAAGGAAAAUGACUUUCACCCCCGCAGUCUCUCAGACUUUGAAAGUGACAUCAUGGAAAUGGAUAUUGAGGAAGGAGUACAGCGUGGUCCACCUUCUGUCCACUCCUCUUCCUCGUCCCAUCAGUCGGAAAGCAUGGACACUUACGACCUCGAGCAAGUCAACAAUAUCUUUAGGAAACUCUCCCUGGAGAGGCCGUUCCGUCCAUCUCUGUCCUCCUUCUCCAGGAUCAGCUCCUCACUGAAGCCGGUUCAGGAGCUGUCAUUGUUGGGCGACAACCUCAUGAAGGACAUCACUCUGGUAGGGGGUAACGAGAGCGGGAUCUUUAUCUCUUCUGUUGAGUCGGGCUCCACGGCAGAGAAGGUGGGGCUACGAGAGGGCCACCAUCUAUUGUUGCUCGAGGGGUGCAUCCGCGGCGAGAACCAAAGCAUUUCAUUGGAUACCAGCACUCAGGAAGAAGCCCAGUGGACGCUGCAGCACUGCUCUGGAUCAGUCAGGCUGCACUAUCGAGCCAACUAUGACUCUUACCGCCGUCUUCAGAGGGACGUAGCAGAUGGCAAACUGGCCUCAGGUGACUCUUUCUACAUCCGAGUCAACCUCAACAUCUCGGGCCAAUCAGACAGCUGCUCUCUGAGUGUGCGCUGUGAUGAGGUGGUGCAUGUACUGGACACCUGGCACCAGGGACGCUGUGAAUGGAUCUGUGCUCGUGUCGACCCCUACACCGGCGUAGACCUUCCAGACCGUGGCAGCAUACCUAGCAACUCAAGGGCCCAGCAGCUGCUCCUUGUGAAGAUUCAGAGGUUAGUGUGCCGAGGGGGGAAAGAAGAGAAUGAAAACCGUCGCAACAGUAGGAGCAUCCUGCUGCCAGAAGAGAUCAGUCACUCUCCUGACCCCAAAGCCAGCCCACGACUUUCCAGAGCCAGCAUCUUUCUCACUCAGAUACUUCAGUUUGUCAGCAGGGUCGAUAUCAAGUACAAGCGAAUGAACAGCAGCGAGCGCGUGAGGAUCGUCCACUCAGGCAGCACCACACUGCCCCGACCCGGCUUUGAGAUGCUUUUGAGACCAGAAGAGGCUGGAGACCCAGACAGUGAUCUGAGCAGGGGCUUGAACCUGGUCCCCUACAGUCCCGUCACCCCUCAGAGGACCCAGAGGAAAAGACCAGUCCUGUUCACUCCCACUGCUCUCGCUAAAACCAUUAUCCAGAAAAUCCUCAACAUGGGGGGAGCCAUGGACUUUGAUAUCUGUAAACCAGACACCCUUUCCAAAGAGGAGUUUCAUCUGAAACAGAACGUGGAGCCUUUCAUUCACUACAAAGAGAAACACGCCACAUUUGAAUGCAUCACACGAGAAAACAUAGAAGCUGUUGCUGCUAAGGGCAAACACUGCCUUCUGGAGGCUGAGCUGAGCUGUGUCAAAGACCUGCUGCGGAGAGAAAUCUACCCGAUCAUAAUCUACGUCAAGAUUUGUGACAAGAAUGUCAAGAAGUUACGGAAGCUGCCGCUGCGCGUGGAGUCGGAGGAAGAGUUCGUGAAAUCGUGUCGAGCAAAAGAGAAGGAGUUGGAGGGCAUCCCCUGCCUUUAUGCCAGCCUGGAGCCUGAGGCCUGGGCGGGGACUGACGAUCUCAUCAGGGUCAUCAAAGACCGAAUACAGGAGGAGCAGAAGAAAAUGGUGUGGGUGGAACAGGACCUCCUAUAGACAAACAUAGCAACAUGUGCAUGAAAAUAGCAGUGUAACGGAGCCCCUAUUAAAUCUAAAAAAUACAUACAAAUGUGUCAUUUCUUUUGUCUUUUAAUGAAAAUAAAAUAAAUAUCUUGAAGUAUU